UGCAGAUUCCAUGUCAGUGGUUAUAUAACAAGUUUCGGCAGCCUAGAAUGGGCGAAGACACACGAUGCAGCAACACAAACAUCUCUAGUGGUUUCAACUCUUGUAGACGGUGGUGCUAUUUGUGUUGGGAAAACUGUUAUUGAUGAGAUGGCAUAUAGUAUCCAUGGCGAGAAUAAACAUUUUGGUACACCAACAAAUCCUGCAGCUUCCGACCGAGUACCUGGAGGAUGCUCAAGUGGAUCAGCUGUUGCUGUUGCUGGUGGCAUGGUAGAUUUCGCCUUGGGUAUCGAUUCCAUUGGAGGAGUAAGGGUACCAGGUGGCUAUUGUGGCGUACUGGCGUUCCGGCCUUCACAUGCUGUUAUAUCCAACAGUGGUGUUAUUCCUGUAGCUCCUAGCCUAGACACUAUAGGCUGGUUCGCGAAGGAUCCGAUUGUAUUGCGUCGUGUUGGUCAUCUUCUUCUGAAAUUAUCUUAUACUGAUAUUCGUCUACCGAGACACUUCUACAUAGCAGAUGAUUGUUUUGAAAUUUCAAAGAUACCUGCAAGAAGGUUAACUCAGGUGGUGACAAAAUCUGUGGAAAAGCUGUACGGAAGACAAGUCUUGAGUCAUGUGAAUCUUGGAAAUUAUUUGGCUUCAAAAAUACCCAGCCUGCGGAACUAUUCAAACGGGCAAAAGAAUGGGGACUCAAAGUUUUCUUCAUUGCAAGCACUUUCUAGCGCCAUGCAGUUGCUUCACAAGCAUGAAUUUAGAGAUCAGCAUAACGAGUGGAUAAACUCGGCAAAGUCUGCCGUUGAUGCUUCCAUAGUUGGUAAUUUGUCUGAUGAUUGUGAUUCAACUAUUAAUAUCGUCCAAGAUGCAAGAAAGGAAGUGCGCUUAGCUCUCAACGCACUUCUUAAGGAUGAUGGAAUUCUGGUCAUCCCAACUGCUCUGGGAUGCCCUCCAAAAAUUAAUGCCAGGGAGCUCUCGUCUACAAGCUACAAUUCUGAGACAUUAUGCCUUCAAUCUUUAUCUAGUAUGUCUGGGUGUUGUCAGGUUACUGUUCCCAUCGGUACACAUGACAAGUGUCCUAUUUCGGUUUCCUUCAUUGCGAGGCAUGGUGGUGAUCGCUUUUUGCUGGACACCACUCAAGCCAUAUAUGCCACCAUCCAAGAGCAAGUUGAGAUCCUAGCAAAAUCUAAUCCCUCAAGUAAAGAGGCGAUGAGUGAAGAAGCUGCUGAAGCUGCUAAAGAGAAAGGUAACAGUGCAUUUAAGGAGAAGCAAUGGCAAAAGGCAAUAAAUUUAUAUACUGAAGCAAUCAAAUUAAAUGGCAAAGUAGCCACAUACUACAGUAACAGGGCUGCGGCUUUUCUCGAACUAGCUAAUUAUCGCCAAGCUGAGACAGAUUGCACUAGCGCCAUCGAUAUUGAUCCAAAGAUUGUCAAAGCUUACUUGCGAAGAGGCACGGCAAGAGAGAUGCUUGGAUACUAUAAGGAGGCUGUCGAUGAUUUUAGCCAUGCCCUUGUUCUAGAGCCAAUGAACAAGACGGCUGGUGUAGCUAUUAAUAGAUUAAAGAAGCUAUUCCCUGCCUGAGCGCCACGGAUCUGUGAUGCGGCAUAUGCUCUGUGCGCUUCGCAAGGGUACUGAAUCGUCAUUGCUGGUGGCAACGGGGUUGUCAUUCGUGGAGUCAUUUUACAUGUUCUCCCCCAAGUUUUGAUAAAGCAAAGUAAAAAAAGCAUAGGUUUGGAGAGUCGAUCAUAGCAGCAAUAUGUCCUCAGAUGUGAUCUACCAAUGCGCUCCCGUCAUGUAUAAUAUCGAUUUUGACAAUUAUUUGUUGAAACAGCUUGAUUUUGCCAGUAAAAUGCUCUGCAGUGCCGCCGUA